ACAAGCAAUGGUCGGAAGAGCGUGAGGUUGUGUUUAUUUUUACAUUGUGGUCUCUGCUGGUCUUUCUAUGUUUGAUAUAAAAAAUGUGUCAAUUAUUUCUUAGUUGACCAGUUACAAGAAUAGUAAAAUGAGUAACAGGGGCCACAUACCACAGUCAUUUUACAGCAGUUCGUGGGCAAUACGUCAAGAGAUUCAUCGUUUUGAAAGUGUCCACCCUAGUAUCUAUGCGAUUUAUGAUUUGCUAGACCUUAUUCCUGACCCACUCUUGGCAGCUCAAAUAAGGGACCAAGUUGUCCGAAUUGAGGACUCAUUCGUCAACAGCCAGGAGUGGACUUUAAGUCGUUCUGUACCUGAUUUGAGGCUGGGCAUUGUGGGAAGUUUAAACAGCGGGAAAUCAGCUUUAGUCCAUCGAUAUCUGACAGGAUCCUACAUGCAGGAGGAGUCACCAGAAGGUGGUCGCUUCAAGAAGGAGGUGCUGAUCGACGGACAAAGCCAUUUGUUGUUAAUUAGAGACGAAGGUGGACCUCCGGAGCUUCAAUUUAGUUGCUGGGUGGACGCUGUCAUCUUCGUCUUCAGUUUGGAGAACGAGCCAUCUUUCAAUGCUGUCGUCAGUUACUAUACCAAGUUGUCCCACUAUCGCAGCUCUCAAGAAAUUCCAUUGAUCCUUGUCGGUACACAAGAUGCUAUUAGUGAAAAUAACCCCCGAAUAAUUGAUGAUUCUCGAGCUCGGAAACUAGCAAGUGACCUCAAACGAUGUUCUUAUUAUGAAACAUGUGCUACCUAUGGUUUAAAUGUUGAGAGGGUUUUUCAAGAUGCAUGUCAAAAAAUUGUUCAACACAAACUGGCCACACUAACUCCAAACAACUCAAGGCCAAGUACACCAAUUGGUCACCCAACAAGAUGUAACUAUUUCCUUUCAAGUGCUGUCUCACAGACCACCAGUAAGGCUAACAAUGGGUAUAUAUUACCACAUCCUGCUUCCACUACCAUGGUUUCCACUUCUGUAGGCUCAAGUGUAUCAAGUUCUGUAGUCACAUCAGGAACAACAGUGGGCACCUCUCCCAGUCACUGUAGCCAUCCUACUGUUACCUACACACAAAGUCAUCCAGUUUUCAAGGUCAGCAAGGAUGUGAGUAUGAGACAAAGAAGUCAGGAUGCUUCUAGUGGAGUCCCUGUACUGAAGGAUUUCAGGAUUGAAGAUCCAGAUCAUCUUUUGACAGAGGUUGCUUUGCCUCCUACAUCCACUUCUAAGGACAAGGAUUUACCAACACCAAGUUCAACUCCAACAACCUCUCGGAAGAACAGAAGACGUUCAAAUCUGUUCACUCCAUUGAAGAAAGGAGAAGAAGAGAAAAAAACCAAGAAUGGAGAAGUUGGAAGUGGAAGAAUAAUUCCAUUAAAACAGGGUUACUUGUACAAAAGAAGUAGCAAAGCCUUAAACAAAGAAUGGAAAAAAAAGUAUGUAACAUUAACAAGUGAUGGAAGGUUGACUUAUCACCCUAGUCUUCAUGAUUAUAUGGAUGAUGUCCAUGGAAAGGAAAUCCCUCUGAUGCACACAACAGUGAAAAUUCCAGGCCAGAAACCCAGAGGCUCAAGGCAGCUUCCAUCAACAUCAUCAUCAAACCAAAUGAAUGACUUAAGUUCUGAACUGAGUGGUAUUUCUUUUACUGGAGGCACAUACCAAUGUUCUCCUUUUUUGGCUUUCUCCAAAUCUAUCACUCAAGAUCGGGAAGCAUUGUUAGCUUCAGCAUUUGACUUGGUACGAGAUCGCCAGAGUCGCAGGUCAGGUUCAUUAUCCAGUAAUUGUGAUGAUGCUGUAGUGAUUUCCAAUCAUCCAAUCACAUCAGUAGGUGCAGUAAAUGGGAGUGAUGGACAGUAUAUAUCUGGAAUUCCUAGUACUAAUCCUCUUUUGGGAAAACUAGACACUCCCAAUAUCAAGAAACGACACAGAAGAAUGAAGAGCAGUGGGGGAAAGAAUCUUGAAUCUCUUGAUG